ACGGCUUGGUUUCAUACAAUUAUUAUAAUUCAUAUAAUAUUAUUGAAACUAAUUUACAUAAUUGAGACAAUUAGAGCGUGCAUGCAUGUCUACCACCAUACUCCACCCAUAUCUUCCUUAUUUUUCUCAGGAUGAUUUCCUAAAAAAAUUUCCCAAAAAAAAAUAACCAAACUUUUUCAUCAUCCCAAGAUUCGGGACUUUUCACACCCCCAACAAAUUUUGUCAAUGUCUUUUUUCCUUUCUUCAUUGGUUUUGAUUGCUUGAUUGAGGUCCUUCUUUGCCCGUUCACCGUCGGAGGCCCUUCGUUGUUCUACCUACAUUCAUCUGAACAAGAUAGAAUUAUUGUGAUUUUUGUUUAGACAUGGUUUGAAUUUUGGGUUGUGAUGUAUUGUGUCAUCGGAAUGAAUGAUGGUUAUAAUCAGAUUCUGAAUAUUGGAAGGAACUUGGUUGUUUUUGGAUGAAUCUGAGUUGUUGGGAUUCUGGGAUUUUUCCUUUCUCUUUAGAGAUUAAAGAAAAAUCAUCAUAUUUGACGACGACGAAAACGGGGAUCAGGGGUCUGAGUGAUCGACAUGAAUUGCCUACCGUGCUUCAACAAGGAUGACGACGAAGAACCCACUGAUCCUCCACCACCUCCUCCUAAGAUAGAAAGUCUUGCUCAUAUUGAACCCAAAGAGGCAGUUACUUCUUCGUCGAAAGCAAAAACAUUUACCUUCCGGGAGCUGGCAAUGGCAACAAAAAAUUUCCGGCAGGAAUGUCUUUUAGGUGAAGGUGGAUUUGGAAGAGUAUUCAAAGGGAAGCUUCAGUCUUCUGGCCAGGUUGUUGCUGUAAAGCAGCUAGACAGAAAUGGAAUGCAAGGAAAUAAGGAGUUUCUUGUUGAGGUCCUGAUGCUCAGUCUGAUCCAACACGCGAAUUUGGUCAGUCUCAUUGGCUACUGUGCUGACGGAGAUCAGAGGCUUCUGGUGUAUGAAUAUCUGCAGAUGGGAUCUCUGGAGAAUCUAUUGUUUGGUGAUGAUCCUGACAAGAAACCACUGGAUUGGUACACCAGGAUGAAAAUAGCUUUGGGUGCAGCCAAUGGACUCGAGUAUUUGCAUGACAAGGCCAAUCCCCCUAUCAUAUACCGUGACCUAAAACCAUCAAAUAUUCUACUAAAUGAAAACUAUGAACCAAAACUGUCUGACUUUGGUCUUGCCAAGCUUGGAGCAGGUGGAGGUAAGGUAAACCCAACAUCAAGGGUAAUGGGAACUUACGGUUAUUCUGCACCUGAGUAUUCAAGUGGUGGUGAGCUUACGCUCAAAUCUGACAUAUAUAGCUUUGGAGUUGUAUUUUUAGAGCUUCUCACUGGACGAAAAGCCAUUGACACGACUAGACCAAAUGAUGAGCAAAAUCUAGUUACAUGGGUAAGCUUUAUUUAAUCACUCUGAUUUAGGGUGACAAAAGUGACGAAUUAUCCUGACCUGAUUUAUUUGUAACUGUAUC